CGGUGGGAGCGGAACCGGGCCGGGGCGGCGGUGCGGCCAUGUCCUUCUGCUCGUUCUUCGGGGGCGAGGUGUUCAAGGAUCACUUCAAACCGGGCAUCUACGUGUGUGCCAAGUGUGGCCAUGAGCUGUUCUCCAGCCGUGCCAAGUACGAGCACUCCUCGCCGUGGCCGGCGUUCACCGAGACCCUGCGGCAGGACAGCGUGGCCAAGCGCCAGGAGCGCCCCGGGGCUCUCAAGGUGACUUGUGGCAAGUGUGGCAAUGGCCUGGGCCAUGAGUUCCUCAACGAUGGGCCCCAGAGGGGGCAGUCCCGCUUCUGAAUAUUCAGCAGCUCGCUCAAGUUCAUCCCCAAAGGCAAAGCAGAGACAGACGUGAAGGAGAAGUAAGCGAGCUGCUCGACUUGGCACACUGCCCUUGGCCUCAUCCUGCCUUCACACCUUGGGCUGCACCACCUCUGGUCAAAGGGGCACCAGGAGCAAGAGAAACCCCAAAGAAGCUCCUGGUUUCCCUGGGCUGGUUCCCUCUCAGGGCUGCUCUGGUUUGGGAUGCUGGGAGGAGGGCAGGGGAGGUGAGAACAGGGGUGCUGCAGGUGUGUGCCGGCUGGGGGCUUGUGUAACCUGUGCCUGGGGCUCUCACCCACCCUCGCCCCCUCCCCAGCCAGCUCUUCUCCCCAGCAUCCUCCUGCUGGGAGCAGCUGCUUCUGAGCUGGGUUUGCCCUUCCCUGUGGCCCUGCCUCUGCUGAGCUCUGAGGUGGCUUCGCUGUCGACUCAGCUGAGGCAGGAGGCAGAACAGCCUCCGGAUGGCAGCCACGGGGGGUGGCUCUGGCAUGGCGCUGGUGCCACCCGGAGUCCCUGUGCUGGUGCCACCCAGAGUCCCUGUGCUGGUGCCACCCAGAGUCCCUGUGCUGGUGCCACCCAGAGUCCCUGUGCUGGCGUUUGCAGGCAGCAGUGCUGGGUUAGCUGAGGUCA